CUACGGAACUUCUCAACAUCAUUAUCGAAAGGGAAGGCAGACAUUCUUGACCGAACCCGAAACAUUGGCAUCAUCGCCCAUAUUGAUGCGGGGAAAACUACUACCACAGAGCGGAUGCUCUACUAUAGUGGGUUUACUCGACGGAUAGGGGAUGUCGAUGAAGGCUCUACUGUCACUGAUUUUCUUCCUGCUGAACGAGCUCGAGGAAUCACCAUCCAAUCUGCAGCCAUCACCUUCCACUGGCCACCUGAAUCGGCCGGAGGUGGCGCGGAGGCGGCGCAGUCUCUCCCUAAAUCUGCGUUGUCACAUACGAUCAAUCUUAUUGAUACACCGGGACAUGCAGAUUUCACAUUUGAAGUCCUGCGUUCACUGCGCAUUCUAGAUGGUGCGGUGUGCAUUCUUGAUGGCGUCGCUGGAGUCGAAGCUCAGACAGAGCAGGUCUGGCACCAAGCAAGCAUUUACCGUAUCCCCCGAGUCGUCUACAUCAACAAGUUGGACCGGGAUGGGGCGGCUUUUGGACGAACGGUGAGAGAGGUUGGAUCCAGACUUGGAGGAUGGCCCGCUGUCUGUCAGAUUCCUUGGUUUGAAGGGGGAAAUGGUCGCUUUGUUGGCGUUGCUGAUGCGGUCAAUCUCCAAGGGCUACGAUGGAGCGACGGAGAUGGCAAGUCUUUGAAGAUGUUUGACCUCCAACAGCUUGAGGGCGAAGAAAGUCAACUUGCAAAAGAGGUCAAACGCGCGCGAAUCGCUCUGGUCGAGCUUUUGAGCGAGCACGACGAAGAGAUGGUGGAGAAAUUCUUCGAAUGCGGCGAGGAUCAUCUCGCGGUACCCCCAAGCGACAUUGUCAAUAGCCUCCGUAGAUGUCUCCUGGAGCAACGGAGUAAGAUAAUCCCCGUGUUUGCCGGUGCCAGCUUCCGCAACAUUGGGGUCCAGCCUCUGCUUGAUGCUGUGAUCAACCUUCUCCCCAGUCCCCCCGAGACCCAGGACCCGGAGGUCAGUAUUGGAGAUGUCAAGGGUUCUCUUGGAAGGUUACUCUCGGGUGAUCUACUCGUGGAACAGAACGAGAAAGUUGCUUCUCCCAAGAGCAAGCAAAAGAAGAAAUCCGUCGUCCAGGCAGAAUCACAAAGCUCGAUCAACAAGCUUGAAGGUUGCGCCCUGGCCUUUAAAGUAGUCAACGAUGCCAAACGUGGCGUACUAGUCUACGUUCGUGUCUACUCGGGAUCUCUAGACCGAAACAGCACCCUGUUCAACACCAAUCUUAAUGUCUCAGAGCGUGCUCCACGACUUCUCAAAAUGUAUGCCAACGAUGCGGUCGAGGUAGACUCCAUCCCGGCUGGACACAUUGGAGUUGUCGUAGGCCUCAAGCAUGCCCGAACUGGUGACACGUUGGUCUCUUGCGCUGGUAACAAACCAGUGCCGCCAGAGCCGCUCAACACCCUCCAACUCCGUCCAAUCGAUGUUCCCCCGCCCGUCUUCUUCGCUAGUGUCGAGCCUCACAGUCUGGGCGAGGAAAAGAAGCUCCAGGAAUCUCUUUCCCUGCUCCUGCGGGAGGAUCCCAGUCUGCACGUCACGGUUGAUGAAGACUCCGGCCAGACCCUACUCAGCGGCAUGGGCGAGUUGCAUCUAGAGAUUGCCCGAGACCGACUCAUCAACGACCUCAAGGCCAAAGCUUCCAUGGGCCGGAUAGAGAUUGGGUACCGGGAAUCCCCACUGGGUCUAUCAAAGCCCACCACAAAGAUCUUCGACAAGGAAGUCGCAGGCCGCAAGGGCAAAGCAGGUUGCACCGUAGUCGUUGAACCAUUUGAUGCAGACACAUCAUCCCCACCACCAAGAGACGCUCUCUUGACCAAAACUAACGAUGGAAACCAAGUCAUCAUCCUCGCUCCAGGGUUGAGCGUAGAAGUCAACAAGAAGGGCACCGAAGAGAGCCCUAUCCUCCCACCCAGUCUCGACGUGAACAGCGUUCGAACCUCCCUUUACAAUGGAUGUCUUGCCGCUCUAGCCCGCGGGCCCCAAUUCACUUUUCCCAUGCAUAGCACCAGGGUAACAAUCACCCUGGAUCCGGCAGAGCACAUCUUCGGCAACGAUACCACAACUUCAGCCCUCUCCGCUGCAGCCCGACUCUCUACCACCUCCGCCCUCCGCGAACUCAUCUCCACUUCCACCUCCAGUACAGCUCUCAUGGAACCCGUCAUGAACGUCAUCAUCAGCGUGGACGAAGCCAGCCUCGGCGCUGUCGUCCACGACAUCUCUUCUUCCCGCGGUGGCCACAUCAUCUCCCUCGACGAAGACAUUCCCCUCUCUGCACCUGCCGAAGAAGCAGAGCAACCCCCUAUCGACCCCACCAAGGUCUACGCACCCGCGGACCCCUUCGAGUCCCCCUCUGUGGAUGUCUCCAUGCCAUCAACCGGAAACCGACCCAGGACCAUCACCGCCAAGGUGCCCUUGAAGGAAAUGGUGGGAUAUCUCAAGCAUCUACGCAGUUUGACCGCGGGUCGGGGCACAUUCGUGAUGAGUGUGGACCGGUUCGAGAAUAUGAGCGCUCCACGACAGAAGGCUGUACUUGCAGAGCUGAGGGGAGAUUACUACUGAUGA